GUGACUUGUGAGUGCGCGGCUUUGUGUGGAAUCGUGUUAUGUUUUGUGUUUUUUCUUUUGCGUCAUCAUCGCCGCACGUAUAGUUUCACCCCCCUCCAUCAAACCGUAGGUGAUAAUUGGUGUGAGUUUUAACCCGUCGUCCUGUGAAAGACGGGAUUUGAUCUAACCGUCACUCGAACAUUGCGCCGGACGCAGUACCAGCAACACACAGACUGAGAAAAUGAUGUGAAGGACGCUGAGGCACUCCUGCCAGAGGAUGAAACCCUGACGAGAAAUAAUUCGCUCUGAUCCGCUCUCCUAACCCCGUAGACGAGGAUCGUUCACCAUGAUGGAACCUCCGCCCACCAGCAAAGUCCUACGUACUCCGAGCCUGAAAAGGGGUCAGGAGAAUGUCAGGAUUCAAGAUCGGAUAAAAUUAGAACGUGUCCUGGGCGUGACUGUGUCGAGCAACGCAGCGUUGGACUGCGACCAGACGAACGGACUCGUUGCGUAUCCGGCUGGAUGCACGGUGGUGUUGUUCAAUCCGCGAAAAAACAGUCAGACACACGUGCUCAAUGCGUGCCGAAAGACCGUUACGUCACUGGCUCUAUCCGGGGAUGGAAAACUUCUGGCUACCGGCGAAUGCGGCCACGUGCCGAAUGUCCGUGUUUGGGAUGUCGCCGAUCCUCACAAUGCCGUUCAGAUCGCAGAAUUUCCCGGACACAAGUACGGCAUCAAUUGCGUGGCGUUUUCACCCGGGAACAAAUACGUUGUCUCGGUCGGUUCCCAGCACGACAUGAUCGUCAACGUCUGGGAUUGGAAGAAUAACGUGAAAGUGGCCUCUAAUAAAGUCUCGAGUAAAGUGAAGGCUGUAUCCUUUGCUGAAAAUGGCAACUACUUUGUCACCGUUGGAAACAGACACGUCAAGUUCUGGUACUUGGAAUACUCGCGCAGUGCCAAGUACAAAGAGCCUGUACCCUUGAUGGGUAGAUCGGCUAUUCUCGGUGAGCAAAGGAACAAUGAUUUUGUCGACGUUGCCUGUGGACGGGGCGAAAUGGCUGACUCGACUUACGCCAUUACAAAGACUGGACUCCUCUGUGAAUUUAAUAAUCGAAGGCUUUUAGAUAAAUGGGUUGAGUUAAGGACAAUCAGUGCAAAUUGCAUGGCUGUUGGUGCCGAGUAUAUUUUCAUUGGCUGCGCCGAGGGUAUAGUGAGGUGUUUCAGUCCCGUCUCGUUGGAAUUCGUUACGACUUUACCCAGAACCCAUUACCUCGGUGUUGAUGUUGCCCAAGGGUUGACGAUCAGUCACAUGUCUCAGCAUCCAGCCAGCGCCAAAUAUCCGGACACGAUUGCCCUGGCUUUCGACGAGUGCCACCAUAAAUUGACUUGCGUCUAUAAUGAUCACAGUAUUUACGUUUGGGAUGUGAGAGACAUAAGGAGGGUCGGAAAAUCUCACUCGUUUCUUUAUCAUUCGGCGUGUAUAUGGGGCGUGGAAAUGUAUCCUACGGGAUCCGAUUCUGUCACUGCCAUGCCGCCCGGGAGCUUUGUUACUUGUUCGAGUGACGACACUAUUCGCGUAUGGAACCUAGAAAAGGAUUUACUACCCGAUGACACUAUGUACAGGAGGAAUAUCUACAGCAACGAACUACUGAAGGUGUUGUACAUCGAUCCGGAAUUGACGUAUUUAAAGGAUCUAGACUUGGCUGCAGCGGGAUCUGCAGAAAAAAGUGACGCGUCUUACGACGGACGGAAUGGGGUCAGAUCAAUUCGGAUCAGUCCCGACGGUAGACACCUUGCAUCUGGUGAUAGGUCUGGUAAUAUUCGAAUUCACGAGGUGUCUACUCUAGAAGAAAUAUGCCGUGUCGAAGCCCACGACGCGGAGGUGCUUUGUCUUGAGUAUUCUAGGUACUCGAAGUUUUCUAAAGAAGAUACUCCUAAGCUGUUAGCCAGUGCGUCUAGAGACCGACUGAUUCACGUGUUCAGCGUGGAUCACGGUUACAAUUUUGUACAAACUCUUGACGAUCACAGCUCGUCCAUAACGGCCGUCCGAUUCUUCAAUCAAACGAAUCAAACCAACCAGAUACAGAUGGUCUCAUGCGGUGCAGACAAAAGCAUAAUCUUCAGACAGCUUCAAGGGACGCCCGGCGGGACGCCACAGUUUGCUAGAGGCCAUAAUGCAGCUGGAAAAACAACGUUGUACGAUAUGGAAGUGGAUUCAAGUCAGAAGCACGUUUUAACAGCUUGCCAGGACAGAAAUAUUCGAGUUUACAAUGUAGCCACUGCCAAACAUAGUAAAACAUUCAAGGGAUCCGCUGGAGAAGAUGGAUCUCUCAUUAAAGUUGUCUUGGAUGCCUCAGGGAUAUAUGUUGCUACUUCCUGCACGGAUAAAACACUAUGUGUGUACGACUACUAUAGCGGAGAAUGCAUGGCAACGAUGCUGGGCCAUUCGGAGCUGGUUACAGGUCUGCGGUUCAGCCCCGAUUGUCGACAUUUAGUGUCGGCAAGCGGAGAUGGCUGUGUUUUUGUGUGGAAAGUUCCCCACGACAUGGUUGUCACCAUGCAAGCCCGACUCGCUCAGCAGGCAAUGCGAGCAGGAAAGAGGCCACAACUAGUCAAUGGAGGUGGCAUUGCUCUUCAUCUGGACAACGAAACGUUUGGUGCUCCGCCACCAGAAUUUCUUGACCCAAAUGCAAAUCCUACUCCACAAGGAACUGGAAUCGACUAUCGAUUCAGUGUUGGACAAUUACCUCUAUGGGCUAAAAAACAAAUAACCACUGCUGCUACAACAGAAGAACCGCCUGCACUUGGCGGUGGGGUCAGGACGCUUGGCGUUGAUCUGCCAAAAGGGCGAUGGGCACAGAGAGUUCAACAAAGUGAUGGCAUCACUGUCAAGUCAGUUUACGAUAGUGAUCCAGUCAUUCCAUUCCCAUCUCCCCGUGUUGGUGGCGGAGUAGACUCUGACGGUGGAGGAGGCGGAGGUGGCUCUAAAGACAGCUCCAUUGAUAGUGGUACCGAAACUAAAUGUAGCAGCGAUUAUAGACGAGAUACCAUGAUCAUCAAAAGGGACGACGAAGAAAAUGAAUUUCAGCCAUGUCCAGAUAGUUACAGAGAAUUGACUGAUGAUUCAAAACAGGUGAUGGGAGGUAACGUGACCAUAACUAGAGGUAGCAAUUUGACGGAGUUGACUCGACAUUCAAGAAGCCGCCAUCAUACGGAUGACAGCAGCCUUGGAAGUUUCAAGUUCGAGGACCAUGAGAGUACCGAACAUGAUGGGGAUGUCGAAGACUACUCAGAGGGAGAGAAUGGUACGACUGGUUCUGAAAAGUCUCACCACCAUCAUCCACUCAUGUAUUACCCACCCACCGAAGAUAUUGUCUCGAAUCAAUUCACUGUUAACGCCAUGGACGUUGAAGAACUCAGAAAAUCUCAGAGGCGGUUGAAAAAACCAAGAAAUGGAGAGACUGUACGAACUAACGAGCUCACAGCAUCUGGUAGUCAGGAUGACUCAGACUCGGAAGGCGGAGCAUCGACGCCAAGUGCAGAGCGCAAUCCUCUAUCUAUGCUCUCAGAAGUGAGCUCCGAGAGUUUUGACCAAUUGGCCAAUCAAAGUCACCGUGAGAAAUAUCUAAAGAGUGCAUUUGAAUCCCUGAGCGGUGCUGAAGAACCAACAAACACGUUGAAGACGACUAGUAUAAGUUCAAAAUUUCAUGGAAGGACCAAUUCCACUGGCGAAAGUGGGGCAAGCAGGGUAAGAAACGUGGCUGUGAUAAAUGCAGCAAAACAUACGAGAGGUGAUACAGAUGCAACUAAGAAGCGAGAGGAACUACAGAGGAGAAUAGAAGAAACUAGAAGAAAAUUACAAAGUGUUGGAUAUCGGUCAUCUUUGAAAUCAAGUCAGAGUAUUUCCGAUCUCAGUAGUCACAUUCCCGCAGAGAAGCAUCACCGACAAAGCCGAUUGAACACAGUUGGCACUAGUGGGGGGCGGCUGUCCUCAAAAAUUAUUGACAGCGAGGAAGAGGGAGGUGGUAUGCGACGUGCCUGCUCACUUAGCGACCUCUCCGUCAGUCCACCAAACCGGUUACUGCAUGGUCCGAUAAAAGUUUCAGGAAAGCUUAGCACCAAAAACGGAAGUAGCUCUUCUAGGGGGAACGGUAGCGGGGGCAAUGGAGGUCAGUCAAGACAUACCGCAGGGAAAGGCUAUGCUAAUCACAUGACACGCAGCAGCAGCGUAGGUGUAUUGAAUCAGCAAAGUGACUCCGAGUCAGACGUGGGUAUUUCUAGUGGUGGAAGAGGUUGGAGCAAUCAAAACAGUGGAAGCAGAAUAAGUGGCUUGAUGAGGCCAACGAUAAGCUCGCAAAAUAAAGCAAACCAUCAAAUGAAAUCCACUUCCUCGUCGGGAAAUGGUCUUCCCUCGGUGCUACGGAGGCGUGGUAUGCAGGGAGCUUAUUCCAGUGUGAAUCUAAGUCAAGUAGGAAAUCAUGAAGACUCAAGUUCAGAGGACACUUCUUCGAAUGGGAAUUCAGGAAAACCAGCUCUACCACCACGGCCUAGAAGUAUCAGUAUCGAUCACUCCUCAGCUAGCAUACCAACUGCGAUGGUCAGAAGAUCAGGAUCGGCUGCAACGAUGACCAAUGGCAGGGGGGGAGCAAAUGGGCCAGCUGGACAAGGGGGAGGCAGGUUGGCAACUGCAAACCGAAACCAACUUGAACCAAGUCCUCAAGAACUUCCAGUCAAAGACACUGAUCAUGCGAUCGAUAUCGCCAGUGCCGAACUAGUCAUGGAUAACAGUUUAGUGUCGACUCAGUUGUGCAAUACGAUAGCAGAUGAGUUGACAAGAACAGCCGACAAUGUGGUACAGCUCUACAAACGCCUGACUCUCGAUAACUCGGGCGACCCAUCAGCUACGGCUCUCGAUAGAGAUACGAUGUUGCGUGGUUUGGAAUCGUCAGUUAACGAGGCCAUGCACACUUUGAGGCUAGUGGCAGCUAGUGCUGCGAACCACAAUGAAGAUGGAGGACAUGCGAAUGAAGCUACAGCCAAGUUCCAAGAACUUGUCGCUGGACAGGAUCAAGGCAAAGUUGUGAACAUGAUGCAACAGUACUCUGAGUUGCUUUUAAACCUGAUGCAACAGAGAAUGGGUGGACCCCAGACAAACCACACGUAAAUUUCGUCCGUGAGGUAAAUAAUCUGUCACGAACGUUGAAACAAUAAAUUUCAUGAGUGAUUUCUUCAGUACCGAGCCAUUCCGCGUAGUUUUCCAAUGAGUAUGAAUCAUGCUCCCUUCUUGACCAGCAACUAGAAUGUAUCUGGAUUGCAAGUUGAUGAAAAAAUGUCGGUCGAAUAAGAUGUAUUGAACUUAACAUAAAAUCGCAUCUUAAUUUUGUAAAACCUACGCUGUCUGAUGAACUUUUUGUUCUCGUUACAAUCAAAACAAAAAUUUUUUUAAAUUGCAUCCACGUUAAUAGAAAAUAUCUGAAAAUGAUUAUGGACUUGAACUGUCAGCAAUAGUUGAAAUUUCAGUCUACGUUCAGUAGGCUGGCAGAAAUGUUCAUAUCGAAAAGAUAUUUGAAAAAAAUACUAUUUGAAUGAAAUGCAUGAUCAAUUAUCUAAAUAAAACAGAUGUGAAAUUGAAUUUGCAUAAAAGUAUGGAUACGAAAAACUAUGGACAAGUAUAAUAUUGUCCACGUUGAUGAAUGAAAAAAAAAAAUUUCUUGAGAUGCAAUUGAUUUUUUCUUAAUUGCACAAUAUAUCGGAAUACGUGUAUAUCGACCUUAAUGUUUCGAAUUGAGGCCAUAGGCCAUGAAAUGCCAAUUAUUAAAGACUCGUAGAUUAUGCUAUCACCCAGAAAAUUAAUUAUUUAAAUAUCAUACAAUAUUGUAAGCUUAUCAAACGGGGUUUCAACCAUUAAUCAAGAGGCUUAAGUCCAAAAGUUAUUGCUUUCCGAAUGGUCGCAGUAAAAUUGUGCACCUACACCAUGGAACAUAAUUUCCUUAGCUCUUUUAUCAGGUAUAUAUAACAUCGUUAUUUUCAAUAAAUACAACACGCCAGUAAACACAAAUAAUUCAGAUCUAAUUGCAUAUUAAAUAAACCAUUAGUGUGCCGAGUCUGUGAUUAUUUGUUUUCCUGUGCAGAUAUUUUAAUUCCAAUCAUGACCAUUGGGAUGCUUGGAAUUGACAUUAUCACCUUACUAAUUCUUAUUAUGUAAUCACUAAAAUAUUUUUUGUAAUAUACUUGCUUGCGGUAACUUGUAGUUUUAACAAGGUAUGGAGAUGUCUCAUCCGAGGAUAAGUAACAUAUGCGUUCAAGUCAUUUAGGACUUUAACAUUCAUACAUGAACUUUUAUAUCUAGUCUUACGUUAGUUUUAUGAAAUUUUACAUGAGAACCUUACAAGUACCCAAUUGAUCAGGAACUAAUAUAUGAUGCAAAAUGCGAAUUAUUUGCACAGGCUUACAAAUAAUCUUAGUAUGCAAUAGUGUAUUUUUAUCAUAGGAGUGGAUAUAUUCAAAUAUUUUUCCACAAAUGUACAUGUAAAUUUUAGAAAAUGAGGUGAAUUUUUGCAAAUCCCUAGUUGAGUAAAGUUAUGUUUCAAUUUUAACCAUUGUGCUCAAUUAACGAAUAAUAAUAUACAAGCGAUUUUGAUUGAAAGAGGAAUUGUGUGUACUUCAGGAUGGAAUUGAAACAUUGAAAAAUGUGUAUUAUUAAUAUUAUUGAUAAUUUUUGCUACCCUAGUUCUAUUUUUUCAUACACUAUUCCUUCUUUAUUUAUUGUAAAGUCGCUCAUAUAGUGUGACAAAUAAAACCGUGCCAUUUAGAUUAGAAUUAGAUUCGAUUUUCAUACACAAAUACAAUGUUUAUCCCAUUUCAAUUUGACUUCAACUUGGUUCUACAUAUCUCUGCGAUAACGUGCGGAAAGAUUUUUGUAAUCAAACUUUCACGCUGUAUCAGCAGAUAUCCCGAUUUGUUGAACCACGUUUCACCUCAACCGAACCAUAAAUACAUGUUUAAUUCUUAAGAACCGUAGUGACUUAGUGUCAUGCGUCUUGCUAUAUAUAAUAAGUCUUGCUCCUGUUUCAUCUCUCCGUUCUAGAAAACAAUUUUGUACUGUUUUUCGGAUCUUGAAACGUUAAGCCCUCGUCAAGUGUUUGUAUUAUUUUCAAAAUGUGCUUCGUAAUGUAAAUAUUUUUUUCAUCAUUUCGUCACAAUAAUUACCUGCUAUGCCAACCUACUAUAUUGCUAUUUUUCAUAAUGUACCGAUUUUUAGAAGUGGUUGAGAUGUCAAAAUGCAAGAACUUCUUACAUAUUUCAGUAUUAAAACUUUCUCUUAAUAAUACACAUUUACCUUCGGACGAUUUGGUUGCUAGUUUUAUUGAAGCAAUUAUGACCAUGCAUCGUUAUAGUCAAAGAAUUAUGUUACCAGGGAAAUCGUAUUCAAAAACCUUAUUUGUCGAAUCUCAUUGAAAAAACAUUAAGCAUUUACCUAUUCGAAGGCAAUGAUUAUCAUUCCGAAAUAAUGGUACUGUACUGAUAAUUAAUAAUCACAUUGAUAACUAUUUGAAGAAAAAAAAAACCUGAAAAUUGAAACAGCUUCGGAGAAUUUGAAUUAUAGCUUUGUACAUUGUUAUGAAUGUUGUAUUAAGCUUUAGUAUUACAUAUUGAUAUUCGUCUUUUUAUUUGUACAUAUUUAUUUGCGCUAUUUCGGACUAAGACAUUUGACUUCAUAACAUAUAUACAUAUAAACCCGCAGGUGUAACGUUUAUUGUGUACGAACGUGUAACUUUUAUUAGUGUACCGUUUUGUAUAUUAUGUUAAUAAUUAAUAUAUGUAUAAUAGUUAAGUUUCAGUUUAA